AUGUUUAUUAUUCAAAAGAAAAAUAUUACUUUAAGGGUAACUUUCCUUAUUGGCACAUUUGUAUUUUCUGUUAAUUGCUUGGAAGAUAAUUCGACAAUUAAAGUUGACGUCGUUCCUGUAUCAGAAAAUAGCAAUUUAUUUAACGAAACAACAACAAUUACUAAUCAGUUAAUAGAUUCAACAACAUUAAAUGAACCUAUUUCUCUUCCAAUAAUUAAUGAUACAAACAAUAAUUUAACGAUUAUUGAAGAUUUUGUUAAUGAAACUUUAAAAGAUGAAAAUAAAAAUGAAAUAAAUAUUUUGAAUAAUGAAACAAAAAUAGAUUUAAAUCAAACAUUAAAUAACCAACAAUUAGAAAAUGGAAACAAUAACGAUAAUUUUAAUAAUAAUACUUUAAAUAUAACGGAAAAUGUAGAUUUAUUACAUCCUACAAUGCUUUUUACAAAUAAUGAGAAAAUAAAUGUGUCAAAUGAAGCUGUAGCAGAUGUGCCAGAAAAAUUGCCUGUCAGACUUUCCUAUCAAGAAAUGAAUAAUCCUCAACAAUCACCACAAUUAUCUCCAUUAUUAUCUCCAAAUAUUGGAGGGCAACAAUCAGCUAGCCCUUCAAUAAUAAAUAAUUCCCCUCCUAAUUUACUCCCAACACAAAUAUUCGAAGUUUGCACAUCAAAUGAUUGUAAUGGACAUGGAAGUUGUUUAGGGUUUCGAAGUGCUCCUUUUUGUAGUUGCAAUUCUGGUUAUUUAGGGUUUAAAUGUGAAGAUACGGCCUGUGACAAUAAUUUACAUUGUAGUGGAAGAGGAUCUUGUAUAGGCUCUGUAAAUCAACACUUUUGUUUUUGCAAUAUUGGCUAUAGCGGUAAUUCAUGUCAAAAUCAAAUUCUUUAA